AUGGCAUUGACAGGUGUCACAACCUCUGACCUGAUUGACUCCUUCUUUUCUACAGCUACUAAUACCAAUUCUGUUUCUAAUCAACCUCCAAUUCUUACUACUCUUGACAACUCUAACCCAA